AUGUCUGUUUCAGAAUAUGCGGAGAAGUUCGAGGACUUAGCUGAUUAUUCUCGACAAGCUGUUUAUGCUCCAGACGAGCUAUGGAAGAUUGACCAGUUCAUGAUGGGUUUAAGGGCUGACAUUGCUCAUAGUGUAUCCCAGAGAGAGUUCACUACUUAUGCUGAAUGUUUAAGGCAAUGCUAUGUAGCUGAAAACAGUUUGAAGAGGGUUCAAGAAGAGAGGAACCAGAACAGGACUAAUUUUAGGGAGCAAGGAAGAUCUACUCAACACCUGAGGCCCCGUAACCCUCUAUCAAAGAAGAAGCAGGUUUAUGGUGACCAAUCAGCUCAACCGCCUUAUUGUCACAAGUGUAAUAGGAAGCACACCGGGGAGUGCACCAACUCUUCAGUGACUUGUUACGAGUGUGGCGAGCCAGGUCACAUAUCCAGAUUUUGUCCCAAGAAGAGAGCUCCUAAGAAGACUACAGGUCGUGUGUACACCCUGGAUGCAAGAAAGGCCAAGGGAAACAACAAUCUCAUUGCGGGUACGUGUUAUGUUAACAACCAACCUUUAUGUGUUUUAGUCGAUUGUGGAGCUACUCAUUCUUUUGUUUCUACCGAGUGCGUUUACCGACUUGGUUUGGAAGUUACUCCAUUACCCAAUCCUAUGAUUAUUUCUUCGGCAACAGAUGAUACCGUGGAAGCUAGACUGAUUUGUAAGGGUUGUUCGGUGUCUUUCAAUGGUCGUGACUUCCCGAUUGAUCUAAUUUUCUUACCCCUCAAGAGGCUUGAUGUUAUUCUAGGGAUGGAUUGGUUGUCUCUUAAUUCGGUGUAUAUUGUUCUUUCUAAGGAACCUACUGUAAGGGUAGAGUUACGUGAGAUUCCUGUGGUUUGCGAAUUUCCUGAUGUAUUUCCUGAGGAUAUCACUUCUCUUCCUCCGGAAAGGGAAGCGGAAUUCUCAAUUGAUCUUGUUCCUGGAACUGCCCCAGUUUCUAUCACUCCUUACAGGAUGUUUCCCAUUGAACUCAGAGAAAUGAAGAGCCAAUUGGAAGAGCUUCUUGCUAAGCAUUUUAUCCAACCCAUUUUCAUGGAUUACAUGAACCAAAUCUUUCAACCAUAUCUGGACCAGUUUGUGGUAAUCUUCAUUGAUGACAUUCUGGUGUAUUCCCAUACUCCCGAAGAUCACGAAGAGCACUUGCGGAUUGUGUUGUCUACACUUCGAGAGAAACAAUUGUAUGCCAAGUUCAGUAAGUGUGAAUUUUGGCUAUCCGAAGUCAGUUUUCUUGGUCACGUCAUCUCUGGUGGAGGCGUGGCAGUAGAUCCUUCUAAAGUAGAAGAGGUGGUGAAUUGGGAUCGACCGAGGAGUGUGACUGAAGUCAGAAGCUUCCUAGGUUUGGUAGGUUAUUACCGGAGAUUUAUUAUGGGGUUUGCUAAGUUAGCCUUACCAUAA